UCUGUAGGAAGACAGUAGUGAUGAUGGUGGCCUUGUAGAUGAUAACUGUAAUUCAGAAAUGGGACAAUGGCACCUGAAACCUACUAUCUGUAAACAGCCCUGCAUUUUGCUUAUGGACUCACUGAGAGGCCCUUCCCGGUCAAAUGUUGUGAAGACGCUGAGGGAAUACUUAGAGGUGGAAUGGGAAGUCAGGAAGGGCAACAAAAGAAGCUUUUCCAAAGAUGUCAUGAAAGGUUCCAACCCAAAAGUGCCACAACAGAACAACUUCAGUGAUUGUGGAGUGUACAUACUGCAAUAUGUGGAGAGCUUUUUUGAGAAUCCCAUUCUGAGUUUUGAACUACCAAUGAACUUAACAGACUGGUUUCCACGCCCAAGAAUGAAAACCAAAAGAGAAGAAAUACGAAAAAUAAUCCUGAAGCUGCAGGAACAGCAGAACAAGGACAAGAAGGGACAAAAGGACCCAAGUUCAAUGGAAAGAUCUUUGCAGGAAAAAACAGAACAACUUAUCAACAGCAGCUCAGACUGAAUGUUGUAUCUGUUGCAUGUUAGCUCCACAAUCAAAACUGAGAUAUACAUUUUUGUCUGCCCAGACUAAAGAUUUGGCGUAUUCUCUGCUCAAAGUUACUUGGGAAUGUUUAAUGCCUGUAUAAAUGUGUGUCAUAAAAUGAUUUAAUUCCCACAAAGAUGUGUAUUAAGUAAGCAAGUCUGUACAUAUGUUAAUGAGGCCAACUUUUUCAGCAUUUGUAAUUACUUUUUUUCCACUUGUUAGGGAGCUUUUGUUAUGUAUUUCUGUUAAUAGAACUUAAAUAGCGACUUCUAAACAUAAAGCAAAUAAAGAAAAUAUUUAUAGGAUAAAA